AUGGACCACGGAGGCGACGCGGCCAGCCCGACGACGGUGGUGGAGUUCACCGAGCUCGUCAUGGCUGGCGCGGUCGAGGCACACUCACACAUGAGCACCGGCACGUUCCACGUCCAGCGCGGCGCUGCUGCCGCUCGCCGCGCCAUCGUCGACGGCUUCGAACCAAGCGCGGCGGCGUUCCACGACUUCGCUGACCUCGCGCGCCAUGUCGUGGUGCCUGUCGAUGUGUCGUUCCACCUCCACCAUCAGCCCGAACCCGGCGUGGCGUACCCCAACAUCGGCGAGUUCUGGCGGCAGCAAAUGGGCCUGGUCGAUGUGGCGCUACUGGGCCCGCAUCUCCCCGACGAAGUCGUCCACAGCUAUGGGUACUCUUUUCUGCAGCCUCGCCCGCGCGCCGGACGUGGCGUCGUGCUUGUGGACCUGCUCCCCGGAGGUGGCCGCGCGGUGUACAACGGGGACUACGCGCUGCAGCCUCGUCCGGAUGCCGGACAUGGCGAGGUGCUUGUCGACCUGCUCCCCGUUCCCGACGGCGUCGGACACGGCGAGGCGUUUGUCGGCCAGCUCCCAGGCGGCGGCGGCGGCGCGGCGUAUGGCGACUACGGCUACUACGCGCUGCAGCCCCUUCCGGGUGCCGGACAUGGCCAGGUGCUUGUCGACCUGCUCCCCGACGGCACCGGACAUGGCGAGGUGUUCGUCGGCCUCCUACCCGGCGGCGGUGGCUCGGUGCACGACUACGGCUACUACCCGUGGCAGUGGCAGCCCCGCCCGGGCGUCGGAAGUGACGAGGUGUUUAUUGGCCCGCUCCCCGACGGCGUCGGCGCGGUGUUCGUCAACUCAGGCAGCUUCGCGCCGCAGACUCUCGCGGGCACCGGGCGAGCCGACGGAAUCGCUGGCGCGCUCCGCGUCGCCAACCUCGGCGCAGGGUACGACGGCUCCGUGGCCCUAGCUCACGACCUCGGCGCAGGGUACGACAACCGCGGCAUGGUGGCCGAUCACCUGCGUCGUCUCCUUCCGUUCGUUGGAAUCGGCGCCUCCUGCGUGGCUGUCAAUGGGCUUGCCGCUGGCCCGGGCUCGCCAGCGGUUGCCUUUCACCUCUUCAUGCUGCUUUUGGGUGGUCUGUUUCUGGUUAUCCUGCACGUGCUCCGUGUGUAG